GAGCGAUGAACGAAAAAGGUGCUAUACAAAGAAACAUGUCAUUUCAGAUUCACAAUGGACUUCAAUGACUAUGAUGACUCCCAGCUAAAGUUAAGCCUUUGCCAAAUACAGAUACUUUUUGAACUGAUAUUACUCUGCUACUAAUGCUUGUGAAAAGCGGUGUCAAAAUGUUUAUACCGAGAAAAAGUUGCUUCUGAGCUGUUUAAAAAACAUGACUGUGCGUAAAUUUUACAAGAGUGCAUAAAAAAGACAGUGCCCAAAAGUUCAAUUCGAUGAUUGCAAAGUAUGGCAGUACCUAAGGACUCGUACCUUCUUUUAACAAUUGUCUUUGUGGGACUAGGAUUCUACUACCUAUGCUCUCGAUCUGUGCCGGCGCCUCCUAUGGACAUGGGCAUAGUAGACAUGCACCGUCAGCAUGCAGACAUUCUGGGCGAUGUUCCAGGUCCCUCGCUGGACGGGAUGGAGAUGCUUCGGAACCCGAAGAGCGGUCCCAUUGUGGACCAUAAUAUAAAAGGGCCCAUUUAUAAUUUCGACAUUCCAGGGUUGACAGAGGGAUGGAUCACUCUGUCGGAUAAGAAGAGAAUCUACAAAAUAUCAGUUACACCUCUAAAAGAAGUCGAAGGCACACGACCACCAAUAUUACUUCUUCACGCGUCACAGUACAACCCGUACGCAUGGGUCGAGACAGGGCUUCUGUUCAAACUACGUGACAACGGGUUCAAGGCUGUUGCAGUUGACAUUCCAGGAUAUCAUAUUGCCAGAAACUUACCCAAGCUAACGACCGAAAGUGAAUAUUUAACAUUCCUGAGUGACAUAAUCGAGUUUGAACACAUACAAAAUUGCGUCAUAAUUGCUCCGGAAAUGGCAACCGAUUUUGUAAUGCCGUUACUGAAAAGUAGAGAGGAUUUAAUCCAGUCGGUUGUCAUAGUUUCACCUUUACACGAGUUUAAUUUCUCGGCGAUAAUGAAUACAAGAGUCAAAACGCUGCUUAUGACGGGAGAGUUCGAAAGUUUUGAAUUGAAAAGAUACACAAGUCCUAAUAUUGAGCACAUAAUCAUUCCACUAAGUGCCAACUUUUUCUUCGUGGAAAAUAGUGUGGAAUUCAACAAGCUGAUUAUGCAAUUUUUGAACGGACUUGUGAUUCAUGGACACGGCAUCGCUGGCAAAGAAAAUGAUUUAUGACAAAGACUCAAGUGACCCUUGUUUUCAUGGCAAGGAUUUUUCACAUGAGUCCGCAAUUUACAGAACAAGUUUCGUGCAAUAGUUAUGUAAAACUGAAUUCAAGAAAAAAAAACGAUGAUAGAAAUCUAACGAAAUAUAUUUAUGAUAGUGUCUUUACGAGCUAAGUCGGUAAUCUAAUCCUCACAAUGUUGUUUAUACAUUUUCUUUCUAAAGUUGAACUGAAUGAUUCUAAAAAUUACUAUUUAAAAUAUUUGGUUGUUUGAUGCGAUUUUUUUGACGCUCGGGUUUAUUA